AUGGACGCCGUUGCGAGGGCACUGUGCCCAACCGUGCACUGCUUUGCCACCCCAGACCUCGACGCCGCCCUCCGUCGCAACGGCCUCGCGUCCCUCUCGCAACUCGUCGAGCCCUUCGUCGCCACCCUCGACCAGGUCCAGCUCAGGCUCCCCUCCACCUACGAGCAGCGCACUGCCCGCCACUUCCACCUCGCCCUCGUCGACCGCCAGUUGCCCGACCCCGCCUCCUCCUCGACAGCGACCCCUCACGCCGCGGCUGCCACCCCCUCGCUCCUCCUGAACCAGCCCCUCGCCCUCCGCGACGAGCUCUUCCUCGACCACCUCGGCCAGCUCGUCGCCCUCACCGACCCGGCCACCGCCCCGCCGUACCCGCUCGUCCGCGACGCCGUCCUCGCGCGCCCGCCCGACGACUACUGCGUCCCGCACGAGUCGUUCGCCCACCCGGUCGCCUGCCUCGUCGCCCUCUCGACCGCCCACCCGGACCCGCUCAACGCCCUCGCCCACCUGUGGGACCUCUCGUCCCCGGCCAACCUGUUCGCCCCCGACGACCCGCGCGCACACUACGCCGCGCCCGACGUCCUGCGCUUUGUCGUCCUCGUCAACGACCACGGCGCACCCGGUGCCACGGCCGCCGCCGACCAGGCGAGCGACGCCCACAAGCUCCUCGACACGGUCCGCAAGACGUACGGCAACCACUCGGCCCUCGUCGACCUCUUCUCGGCCGCCGACACGGCCCCAGACCGUCGACCGAGCGCCGACGAGGCCGAGAUCCGCCGCCUGUGGGUCAACGUCGGCGAGGCGCAGCGGCAGCAGGUGGCGGCGGCGGCGCGAGGCCCGCAGGACGCCGUCAUCGGGCUCGGGUUCGACGACGAGCGCUCCUUGCCGCAGGCGUCGGCCGCAUCCGCACUGGCGCCCGACCGAGCGCCCGUCGUCCUCGGGCACGAGUUGUCGACCGACGACCUCGGCGCGCUGCGCCAGCUCGCGCGCGAGUUUGUCGUCCAGUCGCUCGUGCCCUUCCUCGAGCAGCGCGCCGUCGUCCUCUACGAGCAGUGGCAGGCCUCGCGGCGCGGCAUCGGCGGCAGGCUGUUCAGCGUCGGGAGGAAGUACUUUGGCGGCGGCGGGGGAGGGUCGGGCGCGAGUGGGAGCGCCGGCGCGAGGGAGGGCGGCAGGGAGGGGAGCGGGGCGGGCAAGCAGGGCUACAACGCCGCCAAGGGCUACUACCACCACUCGUCGCCCUCGGCCCUCGCGCGCCGCCUCGCCGACACGGCCUUCUUCCUCGGCGACUACAAGCUCGCCUACUCGGUGUACGACGCGUGCGCCAAGGACUUUCGCGCCGACAAGGCGGCACGACACGCGGCGGCCGCCAUGCGCAUGAGCGCCAUCUGCGCCGUCCUCCUCCUCCCGCCCUCGCCCUCUCCCUCGUCCUCCGCCUCCGCCUCGGGCGCACCACCCCCACCGCAGCCCAUCGCCAACCCCGAAGCCCUCCUCGCGAGCGCCGCAGCCCUCUCGCCCCUGCACGGCACCCUCGUCGACUUUGACGCGCUGCGCUCGACCCUCGUCCUCGUCGACCUGUACGCCGCGCACCCGCACCUCGCGCCCCUCGCGCCCCUCGCCCUCAAAUCCCUCUCGCGCCGCUGCCUCUCGCAAGCCGCCGCGCUGUACCUCCCCGCACCCUCCUCCUCUUCCACCUCCUCCACCGACGCAUCCCUCCCACCGCCCGUCACGUCCCUCGCCCCGCCGACGCGCCCGCCACCGACCGACACGCCCCAAUGGUCCGCCAUCCGCACGCACCUGCACCACGCGCUCGCGCGCCAGUCGUACACGGUCGGCGCCGCCCAGGACAGCGUCGACAACUUCCUCGCGCUCCUCGGCACGGGCACGUCCGCGACGACGGCGGCGUCAACGUCCUCGCUUGACGACUCUGCCGGGGCGGUCGGCGACGGCGCGAUGGGCGACGCGCCCGAAUGGCUCGACGACUUUGCCCUCGCGUGGGACCUCCUCGCCUCGUCGUCGUCCUCCUCGCCCGCCACGCCGCCGCCGCACGGCCCCGUGUCGCUCCCCGUACGCCUCUUUGACGCGCCGCACGCGCGCCUCAGGGUCGGGAGCGCGCGGCAGGCCGGCCUCAGUGCGGGCGCGGGCGACGAGGGCGAGUGGGCCCGGCUUGAGAAGGCGCUCCUCGCGCGGGCCGAGUUUGAUGUCGGCGGCGGCGGCGGGGCGAGGCCGAGCGUGCUCGGUUACCGAGGUGGCGCGGGCACGGGCGAGGGAGGGUUCAAGGGCGCAGGGGCGGGAGCGGCCGAGCCGGUCGAGGCGGUCCUCGGCGAGACGCUCACGCUCGAGGUGCCCGUGCGCAACCCGCUCGAGGCGUUCCUCGCGCUCGGUGCCCUCGCCGUCGAGGUGCGGCGCGAGGAGGCGGGAGACGCAGAGGGCGAGGAGGGAGGAGAAGGAGCGGGACUGGAGGUCAGUGCGCCGCAGGACGUCGAGCUCGCCCCGGGCGAAUCGAGCAAGAUCCUCAUCCCGAUCCGCGCCUCGUCCCUCGGCACCUUCACCUUCGACUCGCUCUCGUACCGGUUCAGCAACCUCGUCCCCGUUCGCGAGCCGCUCUCGCCCGCACGGUGGUCCAAGCCGACUGCGCCUCGCCCAGGCCGCCCGAGCGCGCGCGUCGCCAUGCCGCUCCGCGUCCGGGUUCGCGCCGCGGUCCCCGUCCUCGGCGUCGACAUGAGCGCGCUCCCGAGCCGGCUCUUUCACGGCGAGAUGUCGGGCGACGACGAGUCGACGACGACCAUCGUCCUGCGCAACGAGGGCCCCGUACCGCUCACCGACCUGCACGCCCUCUCGUCCCAACCCGACUCGCUCCUCCUUCGCCCAAACCCGCCAUCCCUCGACGCCGACGGCGCCCUCGCGACGCCCAACGACCUCACUGCCCCACGUCCGACGGUGCUCCUCGAGCCAGGGCGCGCCCUCGCCCCAGGCGAUUCGCUUGCCGUCCCCGUCGUCGUACGCGGCUCGCGCGUCGGCGCGCACGCCCUGUGCGUCCUGUUCGCGUUCCGGGCCGCCGACGACGAGGUCACGAGCGCGCGCGAGUACCUUUCGACGAGGGCGGUGCAUGGCGUCGAGGUGUACCCGAGCUUGGAGCUGCGGUACGGCGUGCGGCCUGGGAGGAGGGUGGACUCGCCUUUUGUCCUCGGCGUCGAGGUCUACAACGUCGGCCUCCCGGCGGACGACGUCUCGAUCUUGGCCAUCUCGCUCCUCUCGCCCCGGUGGCGCAUCAGCCCGUCAGCCGACUCGGGCACGUUCAACGACGACGUCGCGUCGCAGCGCAUUGGGUGGCAGCAAGGCUUGACGACGUUUGUGCCGCUCGCCGCCGUCGUGCGGGAGGGGGAGGGUCCGAGCGAGGAGGCGGACCUGUGGACGGCGGCGCAGGUCGAGGCGCUGCUCGACGGCAAGGACGUCAAGGGCAUGCCGCCACACGCCAAGGUCGGCGUCUCGAGCCUUUCACCUAUCACCUCGACCAGCUCCUCGUCCAUCUCGCCCUCGGCCCUUUCCGGUCUCGUCGCCGCAUACACCUCGUACCGCCGAGCCUCGCUCCUCGAGCGGUACCCGACCGUGCCACCUUCCCUUCACCCCUCGAUCUUUCCCCUCUUCUCCUCGCGGGCCGCGUCCCUCGUCGUCACCUUUACCUCGUCAACCUUGUCCCUCGCCCCUGCCCACCUCCUCAUUCCGCUCGACGCACCCUACCUCGGCAGCGCGCUCGGCUCGCCCGCCGCGGCGGCGCUCGUGCGCGUCCUCGUCAACGCCGAGAGGCGCUCGGGCGGGCUGUACGAGGAGAGCCGCCGUGAGCGUCGAGCGCUCCUAACGGUGCUCAAGCGCAGCGAGAUCAUCGGCGCGGCAGGGACGGACGAGGCCCCGCCGGUCGCAGUCGAUGUCUCGGUGCGCGGCGUCGUCGAGCACGACUUCUCUUCCUCCGGACCUCUAUCCCUUCCUCUGCGUCUCUCGCUCUCGAACCUCUCGCCCUCAACCACUUUCUCCUACACCCUCUCCCUCUCGUCGCCCGCCUCGCGCACCGGCGCCGGCACCAUCCUCUCGGGCGCUCUCACGCACAGCGGCACGCUCGAGCCGCUCGGGCGCGCGAGCGUCGAGGCGCAGCUGUGGGUCCCGAGGCCGGGCGCAUUCGCCGUCGGCGCCUGGGAGGUCGUCCUUUCGUGGGAGGGCAGGGACGAGCAGGAGCUGGGAGGGAGCGUCAGGCUGAGCGGCGGAGCGCGCGAGGUCCGGGUGCGGGACCGAGGAGCUUCGGCGGCAGGAGGCAGCUCGCGGGUCGCUCUCGAGGAGAUGGCUCGGGUACAGGUCCGUGCGUAGACGCCGACGUGCAAGAGAAAGAGAUAUCGCGUUGCAC